GAAACUGUAAUAUUCUAGUGACUUAAUUUAGUCACGUCAAUCACAAUAAUGUAAUCGCAUUAAACGGCCAAAAAAGCCAAUAAUUCACAAUGAUAAGUUUCGUAACCUUUAUAGCCUCUCUGCUCUAUUCCACCGAUUUCCUGCUUUUUAUCUCUGCAAGUACACUAGUCUUGAUCGGGGUCGUGCUCCCUGUGGUUUUCCUGUACUUGCGUGCAAAAUACCACCACCAGAAAACGAAAAACAGGUCGACGAAAUUACAAGUGGGGCUGUUCCACCCCUAUUGUAACGCUGGCGGGGGCGGCGAGAAGGUGCUAUGGGUGGCGUUACAAGCAUUGCAGAGGCAGUACACAAACGCCGAUUUUUUUAUUUACACGGGGGACAUUGACGCCACCCCUGGCGAGAUUUUGGCCAAAGUUGCCAAAAAUCUGAACGUGAAACUGGACAAACAUGUGAAGUUUUUGUACUUGACGCGUCGCAAGUGGGUGGAAGGGGGCCAAUACCCCUGUUUUACCCUAUUAGGCCAGGCCUUGGGCUCCAUUUAUUUGGGGUUUGAGGCCUUGAAUCAGCUAGUCCCAGACGUUUAUAUUGACACGACUGGCUUCACGUUCACUCUCCCCUUGUUUAAAUACUUGGGGCGUUGCAAGACAGGUUCCUACCUGCACUACCCCACAAUAACGAAAAAAAUGAUGUCACGCGUGUCCAAUCGCCAGGCCCUGUACAACAAUCGCAGUUUAAUCGCCCGUAGCCCCCUUUUCACGCACGCCAAACUGCUCUACUACCGCCUUUUCGCCUGGUUGUACAGUCUUUCGGGCCAAUGCUCCGACACGACUCUAGUCAACUCAACCUUCACACUCGAGCACCUCACCGAGCUGUGGAACCGCCCCCUGCACCUGGUGUACCCGCCUUGUGAUGUGGACCACUUGAAAAAGUUGCCCCGCCCCAAGCAACGCCCCCGCAAAAUCCGCAUCCUGUCAUUGGCCCAAUUCCGGCCCGAGAAGGACCAUCCCUUGCAGCUCCAGUCACUGUACGAGCUCCGCGAGAUUUAUCCCGAUUUUGAAAAUGUGACCUUGGUCAUGUGCGGAAGUUGUCGCAAUUCUGAGGAUAGUACGCGAGUGGCGGAUUUGAAGGAUUUGAGCAAACAUUUGAGUUUGGAAAACAACGUCGAGUUCAAGGUGAAUUUGACGUAUGAGGAGCUGUUGGGGGAAUUCCAGGCGGCCUAUUUGGGGAUUCACACAAUGAUGGACGAGCAUUUUGGGAUCAGUGUGGUGGAGCAAAUGGCGGCGGGGCUCAUCGUGGUGGCGCACCGGUCGGGGGGGCCCCUCUUGGACAUCAUUGAGACUUCGGAGGGGUCCAGGCUGGGCUUCCUGGCGACGACCCCCGAGGAGUACGCCCACGUGAUCAAGUAUGUCUUGACUGGGGGGGAGGGGGAGGUUGGCGAGAUAAGGGAGAGGGCGAGGGCGUCCGUUGAUAGGUUUAGUUGUAAAAAGUUCAAGGACGAGUUUUUGCGAGCCAUUGAUCCACUUUUUAAAUAAAUAAAACUUAAAAAGUA